AUUUAUAUUAUUACAAAUUUCAUUUUAUAAUAAUAUUUUUCAAAUUAAAUAUUUACUGUAAGAAAUUAUUUUAAAGUUAUAAAUCAAAAUAUGUUCAAUAAUCCCAACAUAUUCUCCUUGAUAUUAGUGUCAAUAUUUUCACUCAGCAAAGGAUAUAAGGCAUCUGGAACGAUUGUCAAAAGCUCGAAUUUCAACGCUAUAACUGAUGCUCAAACAUUGAACACUGCCUUAGCCGGAUUUGGAACCAAGGAUAAAGUAGUGAUAGGAGUUAUAUGUGGCAGAACAAAUUAUGAAAGACAAUUAAUAGCUUCUGAAUAUAAUCGCCUAUUUGGAAGAAGCCUACAUAAGCAUAUAGCGUCAGAUACAAGCGGAAAUUAUGGGGAUUUAAUGGAUGCUUUAAUGGUUCCCAGCGCCGAAUUUGAUGCUUCUCUAAUAAAAAAAUCUAUAAAGGGAUUUGGUACCGAUUUUGAGUUAUUAAUCGAAGUUAUGUUAACGAGAACGCCUAGACAGAUGGCUGCUACCAAUCAAGCCUAUAGUGCAUUGUAUAAAAAGGAUAUGGCCGAUGAUAUUAAAGGGGAUGUAAAUCGUGAUGUCCAAGAUUUGUUAGUUAGACUGAUCGAAGGUAAACGUGAUCAAUCGAAUACAGUUAAUCUGGAAAUGGCCAAGAAAGAUGCCCAGUCAUUAAACCAAGCUGGCUUAGCUAAAAUCGGUGGUACAAACAUGGAAGUCUUCAUCAAUAUAUUAACCACUCGUAAUUACGAGCAACUGGCUAAAACUUUUGAGGAGUAUGAAAUUCUAACAAAGGUCAGCAUGGAGAAAACAAUAGAAUCGGAAAUGUCAGGAAAAAUUAAAACUGCUUUCCUGGUUCUAGUUGAAUGUAUCCAAAGCCCGUCAGGAUUUUUCGCUAGGAAACUACACAAGGCUUUAAAAAUCACUUUUGAAAAUAUACAGAAAGGUAUAUUGGGUGGAACCAAUGAAGAAGCCUUGAUCCGUAUAUUUGUAACCAGAUCUGAAGUUGAUAUGGUUCAAAUCAAGCAGGACUAUCAGAAAAUAUACAAAACCCCACUAGAAACUCAUUUAAGGCAUGAUGUCAGCAGAUAUUUUCAGGACGCCUUAGUUGCUCUAUUACAAGGAAAUCGAAAAAAUUGAAUAUUUAUAGCUUAUAUGUAAUAGUUAUUUUAAGCUUUAUUUUAAUUCACAUUGAAUUCAUAUUAUAUCAACUAUUUUGAUUGAAAUUUAUGUCAUUUUAUAAAUUUAAAUUAUAAUAAUGAUAAAUAAAAUAAUUAAAGAAAUUAAAAAAA